GCAGACAUGAUGCCAUGUAUAAUAAGGCCUGGGAGACCGUCUUUGAUAAUUAAGUGUUCAUGGUACAGCAUCCGGUUCUAAGUAAAAGAAUUGAUUUUCUACUUAAAAAAAAAAAAACUGGCCGGAUGUAGCUCCUACCUCGUUUAGGUCGGUCGGGGGUCUUAGAAGCGCUUGCACAUUUCUGAUUUGCUGAAAAUUGCGGAGGGCUCGUCCUGGGCAGAUCCCGGCUGUGCUGCUGCUGCUGACGCGUGGCUCUGACUGCUGCAGCUGCUGCACGUCCUUGUGACGCGCUGGAACAGACUUCGAUCCUUGGGUCCGGGUUCUGCGGCUGCGGCUUUUUUGAUAAGGAUAAUCAAACAUGACUACAGAAUCUGGUUCAGACUCUGAAUCCAAAGAUCAGGAUCAAGAGCAGAAAGAAACACCUGGUGAUCAAGAAAAAGCCACCCAAGAACAGCAGUCAAAACAAGCGAAGGAAGAGCACCAGAAUGCAUUAGAACAGUUUUCCAGUGUUGCAGCUCAUAGCACUCCUGUAAAAAAGGAACAGGCCACCGACAGAGAACUUGAAGUUGCUGCUGCAGUGGCAAAGCAGCUGGAAUAUCAGCAGUUUGAAGACGACAAACUCUCUCAAAAAUCAUCCUCAAGCAAACUCUCCCGCUCUCCUUUAAAGAUUGUGAAAAAACCAAAAAAUAUGCAGUGCAAAGUAAUCCUUCUGGAUGGCUCCGAAUAUGGCUGUGAAGUAGAGAAGCGCUCAAAGGGCCAGAUUCUUUUUGACAAAGUAUGUGAGCACCUGAACCUCUUGGAAAAAGAUUAUUUUGGACUCACUUACAGAGAUAUGGAAAAUCAGAAGAAUUGGUUGGAUCCAGCCAAGGAAAUUAAAAAGCAGAUCCGAAGUGGUGCUUGGCAUUUCUCGUUCAAUGUUAAAUUCUACCCUCCAGAUCCUGCCCAACUUUCUGAAGAUAUUACAAGGUAUUAUCUCUGCUUGCAGCUGCGAGAUGACAUUGUGUCUGGACGAUUGCCAUGUUCUUUUGUCACACUUGCACUAUUAGGCUCCUAUACAGUUCAGUCAGAGCUUGGAGAUUAUGAUCCUGAUGAAUAUGGGAGUGACUAUGUCAGUGAAUUCCGCUUUGCACCAAAUCAUACUAAAGAACUGGAAGAUAAAGUAAUAGAGCUUCAUAAAAGCCAUAGGGGAAUGACACCUGCAGAAGCAGAGAUGCACUUUCUGGAAAAUGCCAAAAAACUGUCUAUGUAUGGAGUAGAUCUACAUCAUGCCAAGGAUUCUGAAGGAGUUGAAAUCAUGUUAGGUGUUUGUGCAAGUGGUCUCUUGAUUUAUCGAGACAGACUCAGAAUAAACAGAUUUGCUUGGCCUAAGGUUCUCAAAAUUUCAUAUAAGAGGAAUAACUUCUACAUCAAAAUUCGACCAGGGGAAUUUGAGCAAUUUGAAAGUACAAUCGGAUUUAAAUUACCAAAUCAUCGUGCUGCAAAACGUCUAUGGAAAGUAUGUGUUGAACAUCAUACAUUUUUCAGACUCUUGCUACCAGAAGCUCCUCCAAAAAAAUUCCUCACACUAGGUUCUAAGUUUCGCUACAGUGGAAGGACACAAGCCCAGACAAGAAGAGCUAGUGCGCUGAUUGAUCGCCCUGCACCUUACUUUGAACGUUCCUCAAGUAAACGCUACACAAUGUCUCGCAGCCUAGACGGGGCAUCAGUGAAUGAAAACCAUGAAAUGUACAUGAAGGAUUCUAUGUCUGCUGCAGAGGUUGGUACUGGCCAGUACGCUACAACAAAGGGCAUCUCUCAAACAAACUUGAUAACUACUGUGACGCCAGAGAAGAAAGCAGAAGAAGAGAAAGAUGACGAACAGCUAAAAAAGAAAGAAGACGAAGGCACUCCAGUUUCAGCAAUACGGCACGAUACUAAGACUGACAGUGAAAGAACUGACACUGCAGCAGAUGGUGAAACCACUGCCACAGAGUCAGAUCAGGAGGAAGAUAGUGAUCUCAAAGCACAGAAUAGUCUGAUUAAGCGCAUACAGGGUGAAAAUGUGUAUAUCAAACAUAGUAAUCUUAUGUUAGAGGAACUAGAUAAAACCCAGGAAGAUCUGAUAAAACAUCAGACCAAUAUAAGUGAGCUGAAACGGACAUUCUUAGAAACCACUACAGAUAUCUCAGGGACUAAUGAAUGGGAAAAGAGACUUUCAACAUCCCCAGUCCGGCUUGCUGCAAGACAUGAAGAAGCCCCUAUGAUUGAACCACUUGUGCCUGACGAGACCAAAGAAGAUAAAGAAAAAUCUGAAAAACGUAUAUUUUUACAGAAGGAAAGCACGGCCUUUCUUGAUUCUCAGGGCACUGAGGAUUGGGUUAUUGUAGACAAAGUACCCGUUGAGGUAGUUGAUGGUGAAUCGAAAACCAUUGUGACAUACAAAUUAAUGACUGUGAGCAGUAAAACUGGUGACAUCCCACCCGAGCUUUUAAAACACAGUAUCACUGACAUACAGAGCUUUGAGGACUUGGAAGGUGAAUUGCUCUCAAAAGAUGACAAUAAGCAGAAAAUGUAUACCUUAGGAAAAUCCUAUGAUACUGUUUCUGGCAAAAUUGUAACCAUGACCACUAAAGUAAAAGAGGGAGAAAAACUGCCAUCAUUUCAAACCACAGAGAUGGCAAUGCCAGAAUCUGUGAAAAUCAUUCCUGUAGUAGCAGAAUAUGAAAUUCUAGAACCAGUAACUGAUGAGAAGGCCAGAAGAUUAUCUGAUGCCAAAAGGAAGGUCUCUGAGUCCUUGACACCAAUUAAAGAAGCAGACUCCCGACUCCAAAGUCCAGAAGAAGAAAAUGUGAAAAAAACACUGAAGGUAGAUCAAGAUUUGCAGUUGCCCGAUACGCUGGGAAGUGUACAGACAACCAAAGCUGAGAAAUUGCUGGAGAGUGAACAACUGAAAGGAGAGACUUUUGGUUGGAAAACUAAACCUGAGAGGAAACAUGGCAGAGAGCCACCUUUUACCAUUGCUACUGCUCACUAUGUCACUGAGUCAUCAGCAUCAAGAGUAGUGACAAAACAACUCUCCGAUGAAAAAACUUUGGAUGGUUCUGAUAUCUUCACAUUAAUAGAAUCUGCAAGAAAACCAACUGAGUUCAUAGGAGGGGUUACAGCUACUUCACAUAGCUGGGCAAAGCGAACAGAAACAAAAACUGAUGAGGAAAAGAAAGCAGAGGAGCAACAGCAGGAAGCCAUCAAGAAGGUUGUGCAGGAAACUUUAAUAGUCAAGGAGAAACAUGUGAUGAGUUUGCAUGCAAGUGAGGAUGCUGCUAAAUUGGCUGGCCUUCAACUGGAUGCUACAGCACAGACAAUAUCUCAUGUGGCUUCUAGCAUCAAAGGGAAAGAGGGCUCUGCUAUCACUGAGGGGGCUAAAGAGGAAAAAGCUGCAACCCAACAGGAAGAAACUGCUACUAUUUCUCAUGAUCUACAAGAGGAGCAAAGUAAAUCAGUCCAUAUUUUGAAUACGCAAGAAAGCAAACCUCUUUUUGAGUCACCCAUUGUGAAGACUGAGGCAGUCAGUUUUGGCAGUGCUUCUCCAGGUGGAGAGAAAUUGGAAAUUUCUAUGAAAGAAGUACCUGUUGUCCAUACUGAAACAAAAACUAUUACAUAUGAGUCAUCUGAGGUGGAUUCUGGUGCUGAUUCUGAACCAGGAGUUCUAAUGAGUGCACAGACUAUUACUUCUGAAACUACUAGUACUACAACUACUACACAUAUCACCAAAACAGUGAAAGGAGGCAUUUCAGAGACAAGAAUUGAAAAGCGAAUUGUGAUAACGGGUGAUGCAGACAUUGACCAUGAUCAGGCGCUGGCUCAGGCAAUUAAAGAGGCCAAAGAGCAGCACCCUGACAUGUCAGUGACCAAAGUAGUGGUACAUAAAGAGACAGAAAUCACACCAGAAGAUGGGGAGGAUUGACUACAGGAUUAGAGUAGCUUUCUUAUGAACUUCAUCAGUGGGAAAAUCAGAGCCUAUAUGGAGUCUUGGUUCUAACCCAGCUGACUUGCAUCUCUCCAGAGAAAUUUUCAAUGUGGAAGAUUUUGAUUUUAAUUGCUAAUUAAGGACACUGGCUGAAAUUCCCCAGUUACAGCAAUUUGAAUCAGCUUUAAUAAUCUAAUAAUUGCAUGAAACAACAAAUUACAAAAAAGCAGCAUUUUUAUUUUCCUAAAUCAACUUUACAUCUAAAUGGCACGUUCAUCAACAGUUAAAACAAUUGUAUUAUGCUACACAUAAAACAGCUCAUGCCUUUACUAUUAUUGAAAGUCUAAACACAGUUUCUUGGGGUGUGCAAGGUUUUGUUUAGGGGAAAUCAAGAUCACACUACAAUACUAGAAGCUGUACAGGUACUAUAUAUAUAUGUUUUAUUACAUUAGAUGUGCCAAUAACAUUCUUUAUUCAACAAAUAACUUGAAUCAUAUACUUGUUAUAAUUUGGUUUUAUUAUUCUUGUUAUAUAAACAAUGGUGAAUCUCUAAUCUUAUUUAAAUGCUUAUAAAAUAUGCUUUGUUUAUCUGAUUUGGAACCCUUAAUAGCUAAUGAUUUUUAGAAUUGUUAAAGUUAGAAAUCCUGCGUCACUUUUCUAAAGUCUCAAUCUAUAAAUUUGCAUUGUGAUUAUUUUGAAGAAAAUGUAUGUUUUCCUUAGCAUCUCAGAUAUGUUCAUCUGAAAAUGUGAUUUUUCAAAACCAAGUCCUGUCCACUCUCAGAGAAAGAUGUUUCUUUUGCAAGUGUAGUCAGUGUUCCUUACUUAGGUCAGAGUUAAGCCUUAAAUCGUACAGAACACUUACAAAGCAUUAUUUCAUUUUUAUUAUCACAUCGAUUUAAAGGGAUCCUAUGUUUUUAUGCUGUCAGUUUCAUCACAAUACAUGGCGAAUGUAUGUUUCUGCAUAGUAAAAUAAAAGUGGUAAAUGCACCUAAAUUUGUACUGGUCUGUGUCUAAAAAUGUUUUUGCUAUAUUUAAAUGUUGCUACUAUUUGUAUAAUAUCAAAGGCAUUUAUUAUGUUAAAGAGAUGUUCUUUCAUACAAUCUCAAUAUGGUUUAGGUAGGUACAAAUAGAAGAUCAAGAAAAAAUGAAAGAAGUUGUAAAAACUAAUUCUGUUGUUCAAUUUUGUAUAUAGAACUUCAAUUUGAUUUCUUCUGUAUUAUAUAUCUAUGUAAUGUGUUUCAUGUAAAUUUAAUGAGAAACAUGAUCAACUAAAUAUUUUUGAGCAUUAGCUUUAAAAAAUAGUUUUGUAUUUUAUAUUCUAAAUCUAGCCAAAAUGCUCUAAAUGCUAUAUUGGAAGAAUUCAAUAUGUGUUUUGUGAUCAAUCAGUGAAAUGCUGAAGUAUUGUGCCUUUGAUGUUUGAAUUUAGUUGCUCAUUCACAAUUCAGGCAUGAUAUAUUUCACUGAAGAGAAGAUGUAAUAAACUUCAUUUAAUAGGCUUUGAAAUAAUGGAGUAUCUAAAAUCUUAUUUUUGUCAAUAAUAACAGAAUACACACUGUCCAGCUCAGGUGCAGGAACUUUGAACAAAGGCUAGAAUAGAAGCCUUUCUUCAAAGAAAAGGAUAGAAUAGAAUAAGUAUUUUGAAAUAAAAAAGACAAUCUAUAGAGAAAACAUAUAGGGUCUUUUGCAGGUCUGGAGCCACAUGUCCAGUUUGUAUGUUCAGUGCCUCCCACCUAUUAUAUAAUUAUAAAACAAAUGACAAUAAGAAGUAAUUUGUGGCUAAAUAUUUUACUCUAUACACAGCAAUAAAUCAUAACCUUUCACUCACACUGUAUUCUUACUGUAGAAGCUUUCAAUUAUUACAGAAAGUUACUUUAUUAUAAGUAGAAUUGAAGCCAUGUAGUCAAAAGAUUAGUUCAUUACAGAACACAAAAACCAACCAUAAUUACAGCAUUUAUUUUCUCCAGAGUUAAAGAAAAGGGCCUUCUCCAGAGGCCCCUUACUGCUACCUGUUUAUAUUAAUGGAAAUGAGGCCAUUCUCUCCCUACCCUUUAUAGUGGGAGGUUAUGUCCGCUAAGAGAACAAUUCAGAUAUUUAUCUUAGCUUCAGCCUUUAUUAGUAACCACUAUAGGUGCAGUGUUGUAAUAAUCAGAAGUGGUUUUAAAAAAGGCCAGGCUAUUAUAAAAAUUGUGGAUGUUUUACCAUUCAGAAAAUCGGCAUAGCUUAUCCAGUCAAAAUAUGCUUUUAUUUGACAUGUUAGUGGUUUUGGCCAUGUUCAUGAUACUUAAUAUAUUGGAAUUAGUUCUAUGUUCUUUUGUAUUUACUUUAUUUACUGAUCUUUUUGGUUUGGUUAAAUGGGAUAAUUUAUUUAUCAAGAGCCCUAGUGGUGCAGUGGUUAGAAUGCAGUAUUGCAGGCAAACACUGCCCACAGCCUGGAGUUCAAUCCUGACAAAGGCUGAACAUGGACUCAGCCUUACAUCCUUCCGUUGUCAGUAAAAUGAGAACUCAGAUUAUUGGGAUCAAUAUGCAGACAUUGUAAACUUCCCAAAAAGAACUAUAAAGCACUGUGGUAUAUAAGUCUAAAUGCUAUUGCUAAAGCUAAAACCUUUUAAGAAUUAUUUUUCAUAAUUUAUUUAUUACUCAUAUCUUUAAAAUUAGUACAAAAAUACGUAGUUUAUUCAAAAUGUUUCAAUAUAUGUCACUUUUUAAAAGAGAUAGAUAGAUAGAUAGAUAGAUAGAUAGAUAGAUAGAUAGAUAGAUAGAUAGAAUGAUAUAAUUGUAAACAUUUUACAAAUGAUUAAAUUCUUCUUAACACAAUUCACAAGGAAACCCCAUUUUAGUAGAUUUGAGGGUAUCCAUUAUUCCCAAAAGCCUUUGAAUCAAAGGAUAAGUCAUUUGGAUGUUAUGUAAAUUAAAGUUUGUAUUGGAGUUUACUGUGUCCAAAGUCCAUUUAGUCAAAGUAUGAUAAAUUAAGGUUGCGCUGUCCUUGCAAGUAAACAAGCAAACGAUUUUGAUUUUAUUAAAAUUAUAAAUCCAUAAAUAUUCCUCUUUAAGAUACUAGAAGUUAUCCUACCCAACUUACUAUUAUAAUUUUGGGCUCAUUGCUCAUCCAAUCAUUUUUAAUUUUUUUCUUCCUUUUGGCUUCAUAUUUGUGCAUGACAUUCGUUCUUUGCAGCACAAUCAUCUUUCCACAAUGAAAAAUCAAAAACUAAUCUCUUAAAUCAUUUUUAUCCUAGUCCACUUGUAUAUUGAAAUAAAGUAUCCAAAUAUAUACCAGGAUCUUUGUUAUUAGUAUUGCCAUAAUAAAAUAAGUUUGAUAAAGAGGAAAAAAGAAAUAUUUUUUCAAACAAUAAAGGUGUUGUGUUUUGAGUUUGGAAUAAAGCAGCUGUACCUGAAGCUUUGUGUUUUGAGUGUUGAAAUAUUCCUUCCAUUUGAAGAAAAAAACCCUUUAAACAUUUCAAGGAACUAGGAAACAGCUGCAGUCCCUUGUUUCUCUCUUUAGGGCCUCAGUAAUACUGGUAGUUCAUAUUGUAUAUAACUAGCCCAAGCAUUAAAAAUUUUAAACAACUUUAAAACAGUAAAAGUCCCCAUGGAGUACAGUACUUUGAAAAAAACUAUUCAGAUAAACAUUAGUUAGUAAUACACCCACAAAAGGAAAGGUCUUUCUCAUGUGUAUAAAUAAAAUAUGUAGUUUGGUCAGCCAAUAAUAGAUUGUAGGGAACAGUUCGAUAAUCUAAUAUUCCAUUUACUAUCUAAACUGUUUAAUUCUUAAAGUUUAAUUUUCUUAAAAAAAUUAAAACUUGGCUUUCUGAAUACCCCAGGGUAGUUUCUGUAGAAUCAUUUUGUUAUUUCCUGAUAAUUUUUGCCUAGUCCUAAGGGUAUGUUUGAAGGAAGGUUAAAGAAAGAAAAGGUCUGGUGUUCUUUUUGAUUAUAUAAGUAACAAUGUUACAAGAGAUGUGAAGUGCACAUGCACUUUGGCUAAGCUGAAACAAGGAUGAAAAAUAGCUCAAUCAACUACUCCAAACAUUAGUCCAAUUACAGUGCUUGGGACAGUUAGAAGAUUGAUUGCUACCACUCAAAACAGGCAAGGAUAUGUCAUAUUCAGAACAAAAUCCUGGAAUCUGUUCUACCUGGAACACUCAACCCAUAUAACAAGCUGUAUUAAAUUUAAAAUGUGCUGAAGAGUGGCUACCUUGAAGUGACUGGAAUAACAAAUUGCUAAAAUAUACCAGCAAAAAGUACUGUAUAUCCAAGAUUGGCCUCUUUCAGGAAACGAAAACAUGGUUUGUAUAAUAAAGCUAUAAUUAUAUUAGUCAUUUUGCAAGGCAAGAAACAGCAUUAUGACUGUUAAGUGCUGCAACAAAUAUACUGAAAGACUACUAACCACAUGAUUAAGAAAUACGUUGUAAUGAACAUAAACACAAAAUGUAUACAACUGCUAUAUAAUGUAUGGAACACUUUCCUCCAAAGGGAUUAAUAUAGUAAGAAUCUUAGGAAAAGCAAAUUAACUAGUUUAAAAAACAAUGCUAUUCUUUACUAGAAUAAAAACAAAAUGCACAAUGGUAAUUCAGCGUAGGUGAA